AAGUAUUUGCCACGAAAGCCGCCAGGGUCCGCCCAUCAUAUUAGACGCACCAAUAUCGGCUGUUGGCAAAAUAUCGAAAGUUCUGGAAGCAUUGUUGCCCUGCCAAUUGAAUAAGCUGAUUCAAUAUCCCGGCCCAAAAUUGAGGCCCAUUGUAUUCUGGGCCUUUAUCCAAUCACCGUUCCGUAUGAAAUCAGGCCUAUUCUCAACUGUGGUCGGCGACUGGUAAUUUCAUUUCCUCGCGGUUGCAGAAACUUCCGGCUGGAAGCUCAGGUGAGUCGCAGCGCAGUGGGGAGGAGAGAGUGAGAGAGAGGGAGGGGGGUCGCAGGUAGAGAGAGAGAGAUAGAGAGAAGGAGAGGUAUGGGUGUGGAUUACUAUAAGAUUCUUCAAGUAGAUCGAAAUGCGAAAGAUGAUGACUUGAAGAAAGCAUAUCGAAAGCUGGCCAUGAAAUGGCAUCCUGACAAAAACCCUAACAACAAGAAGGAGGCCGAAGCCAAGUUUAAGAAAAUCUCAGAAGCCUACGAUGUUUUGAGUGAUCCGCAGAAGCGAGCGGUUUAUGAUCAGUAUGGAGAAGAGGGUCUCAAGGGUCAGGUCCCGCCGCCGUCGGGUGCUGGCGGAUUUGGCCCCACGCCGGAUGGCGGUCCGACGACUUUCCGGUUCAAUCCGAGGAGUGCCGACGAUAUAUUUUCGGAAUUUUUCGGGUUUACGAGUCCGUUUGGGGGAAUGGGAGACAUGGGCGGGUCACGAGCGAGUGCCUCGGGAUUUUCGAGGAGCAUGUUUCCUGAGGAUCUCUUUGCUUCGUUUAGGGGACCUGGCGGUGAGGGCUCCGUUAAUGUGCCUCGGAAGGGUGCGGCAAUAGAGCGGACAUUGCCAUGUAGUUUGGAGGAUUUGUACAAGGGGACUACUAAGAAGAUGAAGAUUUCGAGGGAUGUUGCUGAUGCCACUGGGAGACCCACCACAGUGGAGGAAAUUCUAACAAUCGAGAUUAAGCCGGGGUGGAAGAAGGGAACAAAGAUCACUUUUCCAGAGAAGGGCAACGAACAGCGAGGUGUAAUACCCUCUGACCUAGUCUUCAUCAUUGAUGAGAAGCCUCACGGCGUCUUCAAGAGGGAUGGCAAUGAUCUUAUUGCUACACAGAAGAUCCCUCUUGUGGAAGCUUUGACUGGUUACACAGCACAGCUGACAACGCUUGAUGGACGGAAUCUGACAAUUCCCAUCAACUCCAUCAUUAGUCCUACCUACGAAGAAGUUGUGAAAGGGGAAGGGAUGCCUAUCCCCAAGGAACCCUCCAGAAAAGGGAACUUGAGAAUUAAGUUCAACAUUAAGUUCCCUACAAAGCUUACUUCGGAGCAGAAAACUGGCAUCAAGAGGUUGCUAACGUCUUCAUGAACCCUGGUGGUAGUGUGUAAGCUAGCCGUUUGUUUCCUGGAAAUUCAUGCAUUGCUGAGUUGGUUACUUCGCCAGAACAAUAUUAUAUUUAAUAUUUCUGCUUAUAAAUUAAUAUAAAUUUUCAAUGAGUUUAUUCUUGAGCCUUACAUUUUGCCAACUUGUGUACAUUGUACUGUUUGAAUGUUGAAAUGUGCAUCCUUUGAUCUUUU